UCCCACACCUCUCCGCCUCUCCGCGAACAGCUCCUAUCUCCUACGGCGAGGAGAGGAAAAAAAAAAACAGAGCAGAACAGAACUGUUUGAAACACAAAUCCCACUUCUAGUGCUCCCUUUUCUCAUUGCCCUUACUGACGGACUUCAUUACUUUACCCCCCUCUUCGCGCCAAUGCCAGAGAACGCGCAGAAACCAAGGAUUUUUUCCUCUUGAGCAUGAGAAGGAUUGCCAAUUCAUCCGCAAUCCAACAUCACCGACCGAGCCACCAGCAUGAGCACUGGAUACAUAUGCUCCUCCAGCAGAAGUUGUUGGCUAGAGAACUAACCAACCUUGGACCACGAUUUCAGCUAAAGAGGGGAGAGUCAGUUUUAGGUCUCCACAUAAUGGAGCGAGAAUGAACAGAGAGUGGCUUAAAAAAAAGCAUGAACUGGAGGUUUAUUGAGGUCAUCUGCUUCCUGUUUAUAUGGGACCAUAUAACAGUUCAGUCUUCCCGCCAGGACCUGUUGGCUGCUGAACAACAUGUCACCAAACAAUAUGACUGGCUCAUCUCUGACCGCGGACCUUUCCACCACUCUCGGAGCUAUAUGUCCUUUGUGGAAAGAUUCCGCCAAGGAUUUACAACCAGAUAUAAAAUUUAUAGGGAAUUUGCACGUUGGAAGGUGAGGAACACUGCGAUCGAGAGAAGGGACCUCAUCCGGAACCCCGUGCCACUUAUGCCAGACUUCCAGCGUAGCGUUCGCUUGCUGGGCCGCAGACCCACAACCCAGCAGUUCAUCGACACCAUCAUCAAGAAAUAUGGAACCCACAUUCUCAUCUCAGCCACCCUGGGAGGGGAGGAAGCACUGACUAUGUUCCUGGCCAAAAACAAGCUGGAUAGGAAGCUUGCCAACACUACUCAGAAUGUGGAGGCCCUUCAUCAGUUGGCCUCAUCCUACUUCAUUGACCGUGACGGCACAAUGAGGAAGCUGCAUGAGAUCCAGAUUUCCACCAACGCCAUAAAGGUGACAGAGACACGGACCGGGCCGCUGGGGUGCAGCAGCUAUGACAAUCUGGACUCAGUCAGCUCCAUCCUCCUGCAGAGCCCGGAGAGCAAGCUUCAUCUGCAAGGUAAACAAACAGACGAGUUCAAGUCGUUCCUGAAGAGGCUGCCCUCCACUCACUUCCUGCCCAUCAGCAGCGUCCAUCUCCUGUGGGGCAGCGACUGGGACCUGCAGGCUCGGUACCGGCUCCUCCAGAGCUCCCUGGAGAUCCAGCGCCUCAAGAUCCGCCGCACGGCCCGCAAGCUCUUCAGCCUCAGCAUCCGCUGUCACCACAACCCCAACCACCAGAUGCCCCGGGAGAGGUCUGUGAUGCAGUGGCUCAACAGGGUCCAGUCCUUCUUGUACUGCAAUGAAAACGGGUUCUGGGGGACGUUCCUGGAGAGCCAGCGGACGUGCGUUUGCCACACCGGCGUCACGCUGUGCCAGCGGCCGAUCCCCUGCGUCAUCGGCGGCAACAACAGCUGCGCCAUGUGCAGCCUGGCCAACAUCUCGCAGUGCGGCUCCUGCAACAAAGGCUACAAGCUGUACCGGGGCCGCUGCGAGUCCCAGAACGUGGACUCGGAGCGCAGCGAGCAGUUCAUCAGUUUCGAAACCGACCUGGACUUUCAGGACCUGGAACUGAAAUACCUGCUGCAGAAAAUGGAUUCCCGCUUGUACAUCCACACCACGUUCAUCAGCAACGAGAUCCGGCUGGAGACGUUCUUCGACCCGCGCUGGCGCAAGCGCAUGUCCCUGACGCUCAAGAGCAACAAGAACCGCAUGGACUAUCUCCACAUGAUCAUCGGCCUGUCCAUGAAGAUCUGCCAGAUGCGGAACAGCAGCAUCGACCCCAUGUUCUUCGUGUACGUCAACCCGUUCAGCGGCAGCCACUCGGAGGGCUGGAGCAUGCCGUUCGGCGAGCACGGGUACCCGCGCUGGGAGAAGGUGCGCCUGCAGAACUCCCAGUGCUUCAACUGGACCCUGCUGCUCGGCAACAGGUGGAAGACCUUUUUCGAGACGGUGCACAUCUACCUACGCAGUCGCGCCAAGAUCCCAACCGGCCUCCGCAACGACACGGGCCAGGGCCCGGUGGACCUGGCCGACCCCAACAAGCGGCAGAUCUACAUCAAGAUCUCCGACAUCCAAGUGUUCGGCUACAGCUUGCGCUUCAACGCCGACCUGCUCCGCAGCGCCGUGCAGCAGGUGAACCAGUCGUACACGCAGGGAACCCAGUUUUACUCGUCCUCUUCGGUUAUGCUGCUGCUCCUGGACAUUAGGGAUCGCAUCAACCGCCUGGCGCCGCCGUCUGCGCCCGGCAAGCCCCAGCUGGACCUGUUCUCCUGUAUGCUGAAGCACCGGCUCAAGCUCACCAACAGCGAGAUGAUCCGGGUCAACCACGCCUUGGACAUGUACAGCACGGAGAUACUAAAACAGUCGGAUCACCUGACCGCUAAGCUCUGCUGAACUGUUUAAAUUAAAAGACAGCGAAGGAAAUGAAAACACCCAACACAUGGACUAAUACGGGGGACGUUAAUCUUUUUUUUUUUUUUUCCUUCUUUCCAUUUUUUUGACCUUUUCUGCCUUUUUGAUGUAAUAAUAACUUUGUAAGCAUAAUUCUUGAAAAAGUACGACGGAGUAUUAGGGCCAAACUAAGACAAAAAAAAUUUGGAAAUUACGAGAAUAAAGUCGUAAAAUUACGAGAAU